UGAGUCUUGGUUUCGUCGCGUCACGUCAAGACCAACGAACUCAAACCAAUUUCGAUUUCGAUGGUCAAGACUCAAGGAGUGAAAUUGAUUUCUGAUUUACAUAGCUAGGUACCGAUAUAUAUGUUGGGAAAUACAACAGACCAGAUCCUAGUUGUGUAGUUAUGGCCUCACUGUUCACAUCAAGAUAUGCUCUAAGGAUGAUCAUCAGGAAUACUACAAGAAACUAUAAUGUACCCACCUGUGUCAAGACAGUGCAAUAUCUUCCAUUGCAAAGAUUGUUCUUAGUACAACAAACCUCAUCUCUUCACACCUCUGUCAUCCAUCAUGCAAAGAAAGGUAAAAAGCACAAACCUAAAGUUGUGGUUGAAAUGUCUGUAGAUGAUGAUAUAUUGGAUUUAAAUGAUGUGAAGGAAAAUAUGCAGAAUGCUAUUGAUGCAUUGAAGAAAGACUACACUAGUACCCUGACCAUCAGGACUUCACAAGGUGCCUUGGAUCACAUUCUAGUAAUUACACCUGAUGGUAAAUUCCCUCUCAAUCAACUAGGACAGAUGACAUCCAAAUCAUCUAGUAGCAUCACUGUCAACCUUACUAAUUUUCCACAGGCUACCGAAGCUGCAGCUAAGGCAAUACGGGAUGCAGGAAUGAAUCUCAAUCCAAAGAUAGAGGGCAGUGUCAUUCAAGUACCCAUCCCAAAAGUCACAAAAGAACACAGGGAGAAUCUUGUUAAAUCAGCUAAAGGAAUGUGUGACAAGGCAAAGGUUAACAUUCGUGGUGCGAGAUCCAAGUACAUCACCUUAGUACGCAAACACAAAGAAGGAACUUCUAAGGAUACUAUAUUCAGAUUGGAGCAACAGAUACAUCAAGUUACAGACACUUUUAAUGAUUCAGCAGAUAAAUUGUUUUCAUUAAAAACAAAAGAACUGCUUGGAAAGUGAAUGAGAUGUUAUAUUCCAUCGUAACACAAAGAAGGCUUUGUCAGAGCAACUUUAGUUUUAUCAUGAGAAAACCAAUGGGACACUGUCAGUUGCUGUUGUGGAGCUGUUGUAUGAGGAGGGACACCUAUCCUUGCAUUGCGUAUUCAAAAAUGUAAAAUAGGAGUGUAAGGAACUUAUAGGACAUGAUAUCAGUAUGGUACUACAUGUACAAGUAUUCGAUGGAAUCAGUCCAAAAUGUUAUGAUUGCAAUAUUGCAUUUUUGAUGAUAAAUGGUAUUGAAGUCUUUUAAGGCCACUUUCGCAUCUGCGGUUUCUUUUAUUCUAAAACAAAAUAGUAAGCAAUGAAACAACUUUAAUGAUCAAGUAAAAAAUUGUAAUAUUUUGCCUACUUUGAAUUUUAUACGGUUAGCCAAAAGAAGGGAAAAAAAAGAUCUUCUGUUAGUCUAUUAAUGAACUACAUUAUCUUAAAAGGACUGUAUGGCAUCUGUUUUUGUGUUCUUUAUAUUAGCCUAUUAAUAGAAAGUACCGCUGAAAAACAGCCGAUUAUUAUUUGAUUUCUUUAAAAGGGCAGGACUUUGUAUGUACAGAGGAUGACUGAUGCUGAUGUAAAAUGGGGAAGCACAGAAAAUGCGGGGUCAUUAAGAUUUUUUUUUUAGCAGAACAGAAGUCAUCUUAAUGUUAAAUGUAUAUAUCAUGUCAAAAUUAUAGGGGCUGACAAUGUAGAGGGACAAUGGCGAUUCGGUACAAUUUUUGGUAUUAAAAAGUGUCGGAACUUCAU